ACGUUCAUUUGCGAAAUAACUCAAGGAUGCUUAGUUCUAAUGGAACCAUGGGCCGAAUUCCCUGUUAUCUCCCUGAUAUCCUCGGCGUGCAGCCUAAUGUCAACACCAAAUGUGUCGGUUUUGCUGUGACAAAAGCCGAUCAUCUGUGCGGGCAACAAGCCAGUGACCUUUCUGGACGGGCUCAAGCUAGUAGACUCCUGAACGAAGGCACACAUUUGUUGCAAGCUGGAGAGGAGAACAUUGAUGAUCUGUUGAGAAAAUUGGCUCCUUUGCUUUUGUGCAAUCGCCACCAUCAGAAAGACGCACCGCGAUUGGUAGGAGAGUGGUCUGUCAAGGUUGCGCAAUUCAAUCGAAGGAGAUUUGCACUUCUUCGGCCUUCUCCUUCUCCUAACGAAACUGAGGAUACUCAAGAUUAUCGUGAUUUGCGACUGGUUCACACCCCCAACCGAGCGUCUCACUCGGAAGAAGCUCCACAAACACCAGUGGAAGAGACGGAUGAUAUUGAAUGGUCUGAUAGAAUAAGAUCAACAAGAGGCACAUCAGCGCCUCCACGAUUUGCCCCCCCUGAACAGCUUUCUACAUCAACAGAUACCAUCGCUACGACUGCACCAGCAAUGGGUCAACGAGGAAGUCACACACCGUUGGUUGUCUCGGUUUCUGUCGGGUCACCAACUUCCACCGGUCACGCAAUAGAAAAUAUUUCUGCUCUAUCAUCGGCACUGACAGGAAGUCUAGACGACAACCACUACGUAAGGGCAAGAGUUGACAUAUAUCCACAAAUAGCUUCAGAAGGGCGCUCAAGAAUGCGUCAAAGCCAUUAUGUUACUGUUGGCUUUCCAAGUCAAGUCCAGAAUACUGAGUCAACAACAUUGACAUAUCAAUCUCGUACCCAAUCGUUUUCAUGGGAAGGCACAGAGUCACAACCGUUGAACAAUAGAGCUUCUAGGAAUACAACUGCUGAAUCUACUCAUCAGCAUAGAUCCAGAGGGGCGACCAGUGCUUCGACAUCACAAGAGCUAGCCAGACGACCAACUUCAUCUAGAAGCGAGGUUACUCGGAAGCGUGUUGAAGGAGAUUGUCAUAUUUGCUUCUUGCCAUUACAGGAUGAAGGCUCCGACGACGAAGACGAAGAAGCUAAAUUAGAAAGACAACAAUCAGAGAAAGAUGAUGAGUAUGAUUCGGAACAUGACGGUGAAUCCUCUGAAGAAGAUGAAGAAUUGGCCUAUUAUGAUGAAUACGUUACGAAGCUACACAUGUUCAAAUGUAAGAAAUAA